AUGGGUAACUGCUUUUCGUCCGUCAACGACGACGACAACUGUCGCAUCUCUGCGCGCGAGCGACGUCGCGAGACGCGGAGGAAGGGCGAGCCACAAAGUAGAGGAGAGGGCGACGCUGUGAGCAGCAAGGAGAAGGAGCGCCGCGUGGCGGCUUAUCUGGCGGCGGAGCAGCAGCGGGACGACCUGCUCGCACAGCUGACCAAUCGGAGGACGGCAAAUGGGCUCGUGCCACGUACACACUUCAGUAUUUCCCCCUUUUUCCCCACUUCCUCCUCUCCCCCCUCUUCCUUCCCCCUCUUCCCACUCGCCUUCUCUCUCUUCCCUGCUCGCCAUCUUUCCAAUUCUGAGAAAUUCUCAAAGUCCUUCGCGGGCCCUACUUCCGUGCUGUGCGCCGUGAUGGACGGCCAUGGCCGCUUCGGCCACACAGUGUCGGCACGCGCGAGGGACUCCUUCCCCUCUCAGCUCGCCCACCGCCUUAGUGUCCCGCAUGCCGAUGGUGCUGAUGCCACAUCGCCGUGUGAUGCUGCAUCAUUGUGUGGUGGUUAUGCAUCAGUGGGAGGUGCACACGUGGCGGAGCAGCAGUGGAGGGAAGCGGUGUGCGGUGCGUUUGAGGCCGUUGAUCGCGAGGUGAAGCUGCAUCCGGCCGUUGAUCCGCUCGUCAGUGGCAGCACGGCGGUGGUGGCGAUGGUUCAACACGGCCAACUCUUCCUCGCCAACCUCGGUGACUCCCGUGCCGUGCUCGCCAGACGAGCACGCUCACCUACUUCCUGCGGCGCCACGUCAGCUGCUGACGUGGCUCUUUGUCAUGCCGCCACGUCAGCCAAGCCAACCCACCAUCAGCACUACCACCAAUCAGAUCAACCCAACUGUCACGCUCUCGAGGCCGUCGCCCUGACUGCCGACCACAAGUGCUCCGAUCCGGCAGAGGCCGCCCGGAUCCGGAAAGCGGGCGGCAGAGUGGAGGCGCUAGAGGACGAGAAGCACGUCACGAGGAUCUGGCUGCCCAAUGAGAUGGCGCCGGGGCUCGUCACCUCCCGGGCGGUGGGCGAUUUCCUGCUGAAGGGAUUCGGAGUGAUUUGCGAGCCUGAUGUUACCGUGUUACCAGUGGAAGAUGGAGACGAAUUCGUCAUCCUGGCAACCGACGGGGUGUGGGAUGUGCUCUCCCACGAGGAGGCUGUCUCUAUUGUUGCCACGUCAUCAUCCCCUGCCACGUCAGCAGAACGCCUGGUGACGUCAGCGCAGGAGGCCUGGGCGGUCAAGUAUCCCAAGGCUCGGCGAGACGACUGCACCGCUGUGGUGCUCUUCCUCCGAACCUCCCUGCCGAACCUGAUUCCAGACCUGCCAUGCCUUGGCUCUGAUGCUGCGGAGCAGUGCUUUACAGAGCGGCAUGGAGAUGCGGUGUUCACAGAUGAAGGGCUCAGAUUCCACCGGAACGACACCGUUGGUGACCUGGCGGCGCUUGAUUGGCAGGACGAGCAGGUUCUGGCUAAACGGAUUCUGAGGCGAUGCCAGGGGGGUGAAGAGGAGGGGAAGUAG